CCUGACCUUCCCAACCUCUUCCGGUUCCGUCAGUGAGCUCUGUCUGUACCCCUGCGAAGGAGAAACAGAAUCAGACUACCUUCAAUACGGAAGGAGAACUGUUUCGCACAAAAGAUUUGUUCCGAAACCAUGCCCGCGACACUCGUUCGCCAGGGAGGCGUGUUCCUCCAGCAUCUUAACAUCAGCGAUGCUUUCUCACGUCCCGUCCGUCAGAUGAUCUCUCACGCCCAUGUUCAACGUCUUUCGAUGUUGUCCCGUGGUCGGCUCGUCGGUCCAAUUACGGCACGCGCCCCUCUUCUGUCCCGAAGCUUAACGAACACAUACGCGACUGCAGCCCAGGCCAAAUCUUCAGAGCCCAAGGCGGCCAAAUCGAUCCCCAAGAUCCGAAAGGUGCAAGCGACCAAGACUAAGGAGACCGCCGAGGUGAAGAAGACGAAGGGGACAGGAAAGACGCAGAAGGCUACGAAGAAGGAGCCGAAGCCGCGACGGGAGAAAGCUCUGACUCCCGAACAGGAAGAGAAGCUGAGUCUGCGCGAGAAGAAGAGGCAGAUCAGAGAAUGCAAGGCCCUAUGUCUCUCCCCGCCUCGGUUGCAUCCCACGGCGCCGUUUGCUGUGGCUCGCCAAGAGGCCGGGAAAUUACUUGCCAAGGAGGGAUUACAUGUGAAGGGCGUAUAUAUGAUCCACAAACUCCAAGAGCACAUUCAGAACCUGCGAUCUGAGCAGGCGGAGGAAUACGAACGCAUUGCGGAGGAGAACAAGAAAUUGAACGAGCAAAUCAUGGCUGAUUGGAUCAAGACCUACACUCCUGCUCAAAUCCGCGAUGCUAACAUUGCCCGGCGCAAGCUUGUCAAACUUACCGGCAAACGGCAAUCGAGACUUACCCUGAUCGACGACCCUCGCCUGGUUGCCCGCCCUGUACCUUCUUAUGCCCACUUCACCAAGACUCAAUACCUGGAAGAUCCUAGCCUCGCCAAUCUUCCCUUGCUUGAGCGGAGUCACCGUAUCAGUGCCUUGUGGAAGGCCUUGUCGCCGGAGGAGAAAAAGGCUUACGACCAGGCUUACCGAGAGGACAAAGAGCGUUACCUUCGCGAGUAUAAGGAGGUCUAUGGCGACGAGCCUUUGAAACUUCCCAGGGCGCGACGCGAGUAAGGAUAGGGACCAGGAGCCCAUUAUACGACCAUCCUCACACCAUGACACUGGAAACCUGCGCUGAUCGUUCUGUUGAGCAAUGAAAUGCAACUUAUUUUAAUAUGGGGACUUCUAAUGGAUUAUUAGGCUCGGAGGAUCUGGGGACAUUGUGUAAACAAACAAUUGUCUUUUUCUCUCUUCUGUGCUGUCUUCUAGUAUCGGUUCCGCAGCUGUCCUGUCUUGUGUUUGUCCAAGUUCAUUUGGGGAGGGUAAGUCACCAUCUGUAAUAUACCAAAGAAAAACCAAACCAAACAGAAUGAAUGAUUUCGG